AUGGCCGAAAUCACUUUAGGUAGAUACCUCUUCGAGAGAUUGAACCAAUUAUCUGUCCAAACCAUCUUCGGUCUUCCCGGUGACUUCAACUUGGCUCUUCUUGACAAGAUCUACGAGGUCGACGGUAUGAGAUGGGCUGGUAACGCCAACGAGUUGAACGCCGCCUACGCUGCUGACGGUUACUCCAGAUUGAAGGGUUUGGCCUGUCUCGUCACCACCUUCGGUGUCGGUGAGUUGUCCGCCCUUAACGGUGUCGGUGGUGCUUACGCUGAGCACGUUGGUAUGUUGCACGUCGUUGGUGUUCCAUCCAUCUCUUCUCAAGCCAAGCAAUUGUUGUUGCACCACACCUUGGGUAACGGUGACUUCACUGUUUUCCACAGAAUGUCCAACAACAUUUCCCACACCACCGCCUUCAUCUCUGAGUUGAACUCUGCUCCUGCUGAGAUCGACAGAUGUAUCAGAGAGGCUUACGUCAACCAAAGACCAGUCUACUUGGGUUUGCCAUCUAACUUCGUCGACUUGAACGUCCCAGCUUCCUUGUUGGACACCCCAAUUGACUUGUCCUUGAAGAAGAACGACCCAGAUGCUCAAGAGGAGGUCAUUGAGACCGUCACUGAGAUGAUCGCCAAGGCCACCAACCCAGUUAUCUUGGUUGACGCCUGUGCCUCCAGACACGACUGUAAGGAGGAGGUCAGACAAUUGAUCGACGCUACCAACUUCCCAGUCUUCGUCACCCCAAUGGGUAAGUCUGGUGUCAACGAGUCCCACCCAAGAUUCGGUGGUGUCUACGUCGGUACCCUUUCCGAGCCUGCUGUCAAGGAGGCUGUUGAGUCUUCUGACUUGAUUUUGUCUAUCGGUGCUUUGUUGUCUGACUUCAACACUGGUUCCUUCUCUUACUCUUACAAGACCAAGAACAUCGUUGAGUUCCACUCUGACUACACCAAGAUCAAGCAAGCUACCUUCCCAGGUGUCCAGAUGAAGGAGGCCUUGAAGAACUUGUUGAGCGUCGUCUCCAACUACGUCGGAAACUACAAGGCCCACCCUGUCCCAACCUUCAAGAAGGUCGAGGCUGACGGUCCAAACUCUGCCAUCUCUCAAGAGUGGUUGUGGUCUAGAGUCUCCUCUUGGUUCAGAGAGGGUGAUGUCAUCAUCACUGAGACCGGUACCUCUGCUUUCGGUAUUGUCCAAUCCAGAUUCCCAGACAACUGUGUGGGUAUUUCCCAAGUCUUGUGGGGUUCCAUUGGUUUCACCGUUGGUGCCACUUUGGGUGCUGUCAUGGCUGCUCAAGAGAUCGACCCUAAGAAGAGAGUCAUCUUGUUCGUCGGUGACGGUUCCUUGCAAUUGACUGUCCAAGAGAUCUCUACCAUGUGUAAGUGGGAGAACACUCCAUACUUGUUCGUCUUGAACAACGACGGUUACACCAUUGAGAGAUUGAUUCACGGUGAGACUGCUUCUUACAACGACAUUCAACCAUGGAAGAACUUGCAAUUGUUGGACUUGUUCAACGCCAAGAACCCAGAGACCGUCCGUGUCUCCACUGUUGGUGAGGUCGAGCAAUUGUUCCAAGACCCUGCUUUCAACGAGAACUCCAGAAUCAGAAUGGUUGAGGUCAUGUUGCCAAAGAUGGACGCUCCUCUUAACUUGGUUAAGCAAGCUGAGUUCUCCUCCAAGGCCAACUCCGAGAACUAA